CGAGGGGCGAUGGUGGCCCACGACGACGCCGGGGGGCUGCUCCCCAUCAAGAGGACGAUCCGGCUGAUCGACGCGCAGAACCCGUCUGGCCUGGAGCAGGAGGAGCCCAGCAAUAAGCGCAUCCGACCUCUGGCUCGGGUCACCUCCUUGGCAAACCUGAUUUCGCCCGUAAGAAAUGGUGCAGUGCGUCGAUUUGGGCAGACGAUACAGUCCUUCUCCCUCCGUGGCGAGAGCAAAUCUCCGGGUAGCACCCAGAAGCCCUGCAGCCGGUCUGCCGCCCCGACGCCCCCCAAGAGGCGGAACAGCGUGCUGUGGUCCGAGACGCUGGAUGUUAACAUGAAAGAGACGCUCAGCGCCAAAGAGAUCAAGCGCCAGGAGACGAUCUACGAACUGUCCCGGGGCGAGCAGGACUUGAUCGAGGACCUGAAGCUUGCCAGGAAGGCCUACCACGAUCCCAUGCUGAAACUGUCCAUUAUGUCUGAGGAAGAGCUCACCCACAUCUUUGGGGACUUGGAUUCCUAUAUCCCUCUGCAUGAAGACUUUCUGGCCAGGCUGGCUGAAGCAACGAGACCGGACGGGACAGUGGAGCAAAUCGGAGCGAUUCUGGUGAAUUGGCUACCGGGACUGAAUGCGUACAAAGCCUACAUCAGUAACCAGUUGGCAGCAAAGGCCCUUCUGGACCAGAAGAAGCAGGAUCCGCGAGUCCAGGAUUUUCUCCAGCGUUGCCUCGAGUCUCCCUUCAGCCGCAAGCUGGAUCUCUGGAGCUUUCUGGACAUCCCGCGGAGUCGCCUGGUGAAGUACCCUCUGCUCUUGAAAGAGAUCCUCAGGCACACCCCCAAUGAUCAUCCGGACGUCCAGAUUCUGGAAGAAGCAAUCUCCAUCAUCCAAGGGGUCCUGUCCGACAUCAACUUGAAGAAAGGCGAGUCGGAGUGCCAGUACUACAUCGACAAACUGGAAUAUCUCGACGAGAAGCAGAAGGAUCCCCGGAUCGAAGCCAGCAAGGUGCUCCUCUGCCACGGAGAGCUGAAGAACAAGAAUGGCCACAAGCUCUACGUCUUCCUCUUCCAAGACGUCUUGGUUCUGACUCGGCCCGUCACACGUAACGAGCGGCAUUCAUAUCAAGUGUACCGCCAGCCGAUCCCGGUCCAGGAACUGGUUUUGGAGGACUUGCAAGAUGGCGACGUGAAGAUGGGAGGAUCCUUCCGGGGCGCGUUUGGCAAUUCCGAUAAAGCCAAGAACAUCUUCCGCGUCCGCUUCCGGGACCCUUCCCCGGGCCAGUCCCACACGCUCCAGGCCAACGACAUCUUCCACAAGCAGCAGUGGCUCAAUUGCAUCCGCUCGGCCGUCGCCCCCCACCAGCCACCGGCCGGGCCCCCGGAGCUCAAAGACCUGCCGGAGCUCAGCGAGGAGGGGGAAGAGAACAGCCCCGCGGCGUCCAGCGCAAAGAUCCAGCGGCGGCAGUCCGCGCUCUCCCACAUGGAGCUGGACGAGAACGGUGCGGAACGCGGCACCGGGAUGGACACAGGCGAGGAGCCCAAGCCCGCCAGAACCUUCCGGAUACACACGGGGCUCCGGAGGACGAGGGAGAAGUCCCAGCUGAGCGGCAAGCGCAAAGAGACUCUGGUGUGA